GUGUCCAGUCUGUGAAUCGCAGCAGCGGCUUGGUGCGUCUCUUUCUGUGUGAGCGAGAGAGAGGCUCAGGGCUGCACUCCUCCAAGGGCUUCUCGUACUCUCUCUCAUCACACGUUCACACACACACGCACACACGCACACGCACAUCCCGUGCAUCCAGACAGGGGGCUUUCACCAUCCCAGACACACAGUCUGCUGCCCAGUGGAGCGCUGCGAAUCUGUCUGGGGGAGCCGGACGGAGAGGAGGGAUUUCACCCAGGAUCCGUCCGUGAUUUGCAACAGCAUGCGCCCGCCGAGCCAGACUUCAUCCCAAGGUUGAGCUGAGCGCUGCAGCAGGCGACGAGGGAGGAAUGGAUCGUAGAGAGAGCAGGACGUGGAUCUGAGGGCUCGCUGCGUGCGUUUGCAUCAUCGGAGGAUGCUUUGGGCAUCGCGGCAGGACGUUUAAGAGUUCGGCGGAUCCUAGUGGAUGCAUGCUGUCGGAGAGGGUUGUGAUUCAGAGACAUGAGGCCUCUUCUGAAGAACACCCUUGAAUAGUUCCCUUACUGAGGAUGUGCAAUGAUUUCUGCUCGGCACAACCAAAUCUGAGGUCACUUCUUCUCUAGACCCUCUUUUAUACCUCAGGGUUGACUUUCAAAACUCAUAAGUGUCUGUGUGCUUCCUAUUAAGCACCGCUGGAUUAGACCAGUUUUGCUUCACUGCAUCCGGAGUGCAAAACUGCUGAAACAUUGCCCUCCAUGGUUUCUGCCCAUUUCAAGAAGCUAUCGUCUUACAUCGUAAAGAUUUGCAAAGGAAUGUUUACAAAGAAACUGGCAAAUACCACAAAGAAGAAAGAGAGCAGUGAAAACAAAAAAGAACCCAAAACAUCCCCCGAACUGCAAUCACGGAACCCAACGUUCUCAACCACACUGAAAAGCACAGUGAAAAAAAUCUCCAAAUGCUCAUCGGCACGCAAUAUAUCUCUUGAGGAGGAUGACGGAAAAAACGACUGUUCUUCUCUCUCGCCAACAUUCAGUUACCGUGUAGCAAUUGCCAAUGGACUUCCAAAAAAUGCCCUCUUUCUGAACAGUAAUGAGUUUCAUGAGGUCUUGUCAAUUGAUAGCGAUUACUCUGACUCUCUAAACGAGGCAAAACUUGUCCAUAGAUUCGAUGAACAAAAAGCUUAUACAAUGCCAGUAAGAAGGAACAGGAAAAGCUUGAUUAGUUUAGCGCCCUCUGAUGGCAGCUCGGAGGGGGAGCGGGGAGAGCGCAGCAGUCUCCACACGCUUCGAUUGGGCGCUCUGAAAAAACUGAGGAAGUGGAAGAAGAGCCAAGAAUGUGUGUCCUCGGACUCAGAGGCCAGCAACUGGAGAAAGACUCUUGGCAUCAGAAGCAAAUCUCUGGACCGGGCUGGCCGACACCAGAAAACCACGCCCCUGGAGCCGGGAUCCAGCUCGACGGGAUGCAUCAGUCAGACUCAGGACGUGAUGGAGAUGAUCUUCAAAGAACUUCAGGGAAUCAGUCAGAUCGAGUCUGAGCUCUCAGAACUUCGAGGGCACGUUAACGCCCUCAAAAGCUCCAUCGACGAGAUCUCCAGCAGCGUGGAGGUGGUGCAGAGUGAAAUCGAGCAGCUACGUUCAGGGUUCGUGCAGUCCAGACGCGAGACUCGAGACAUCCACGAUUACAUCAGGCAGAUUAGCCAACAGACCAACAAAGCUACUCUGAGAUUUCUAAAUGUGCCUGAGGAGAAGUACGAAAAAACUGAAGACCUUAUUUAUCAGAUCCUAAAAGAGAAAAUGGGUUUUGCUGAAGCACGCAAGACAUUUAAAAUUGAACUGGCCCAUCGACUAGGGCAACACAGAGAAUGUUACAAUGCUAAACCUCGACCAAUUGUAGUUAUAUUUUCAAGCCCACAAGACAGGGAUUUAGUUUUGAAAAAGUGUUAUAAGCUAAAAGGGACUGGAAUAUCCAUUUCAACAGAUAGUCUAGCACACGAUUCGAAAGAAAAGAGAGACAAGCCGAUGGCUUCCUCUCAGACAUAUGAAAGCAUGGACAUCAAGGUCUCAGCCAAAGACAAGGCUGAAAGUGAUGACUGGGAUUCUAUGGAGAGUGACAAAGAGCUUGAUGAAUUAAACAAGAACAAAUAUGCAAUUGUGUCCAAACCACCUCCAAAAAGUAAAUCGGACAAGAAAAAGUCUCACGAUCACCGAAGGAUGGCAGAUGACUCUGCAUACUCUGUGCACUAUGCGGAUAAUACAGCCUAUGAUGACCACGACAAGCAAAGCAAGUCCUACUAUUCCGACGUAACACCUGGAUGGCUGUCUCAGAGUGACUACUCCACUCCCAAACUCAGCCGAUCUGAAUCGGACUGCUCUAAACUUUGCCAGUCUUACUCUGAGGACUUCUCAGAGAGUCAGUAUUUCAGCAGAGUCAACGGCGGUUCCUUGCUUUCCUCCUCAGAUCAGGAACUUUGGCAACGGAAGCAAGAAGACAUGGCAUCCUCCUGGUACGCUAGUCCCCCCAGUCAAACUCUGAGCCAAGAACGAGCUUAUGCGGAACAUAAUGAAGUUGAAACCACCGAGACUAUUGACAGUGGUGUAAGUAAUGGUCUUGUUUGUAUAUCAGGGGACAGGAGCCAUUACAGCGGCUCUCAGCUGUCGCUGCAGGGUGACCUCUCACCGUGGAAAGAUUGGCAUCACCUUGAACAAGGUGCCGAUUCAGGUUUGGACGCCUCCACUGAACAGAACAUAAUCUCUGAAAUCAGUAGCCCCUUUGACCCUACAACCAACCCUGGUUUCCCUGAGAAAAUAACUAAAUGCCUUGAGGUCGAUUUGCAAUUUGAAGGCGAGACCUUUUUGACACUAGAUAGCACUCCUGAGACAGGCCAAGACCAAGAUAUAGAUAUAGAACCUGAAUUUUUGGAACCUGAGCUUGAGCCAGAGCCAGAAUCAGAACCAGAACAAAUGCCACAGCCUGAACCAGAACCUGAACCAGAGCCAGAACCAGAGCCAGAAGUUGUCAUUGAACCCAUACCAAAACCAGUACCUAAACCUGUGGCUGAACCGCAACUCGAAAAGAAGCCCAAGACCAAAAAGAUCCAAGCUAAGCCUGAAUCAGCUCCACAAACUCUGCAGCGACAGGAUGUGAACCACCUCCAGCAGAACCCGAAAUCGUCCUCCAUGUACCGGAGCCAGAGUGAGAUCAGAAAUGAGAAAGUGGAGGAAGUCCCCAAAUCCUGGAGUAGCAGGCUCAGCAUAGAUCUCAGCGAAAAAACCUUCAGCUUUGGAGGAUUUGGAUCAACCCUGCAAAGAGCAAAGUCAGCUUUGGAUUUUGUGUGGAAUAAAGGUUCCCAAAGCACUAGUGCCCCAGUCGAAGAACCGAGCAACACCUCAUUCAUGGGCAGGUUCAGAACCACGUCCCAGUCCACAGCGAACAGCUCCAGCACAACCAUUGACUCGGACGUCUACACAGAACCUUUCUAUUACAAGGCAGAAGAGGAAGAACAACCUGCUGAGCAACCUGUGGACAAUGAGACACAUUAUGUUGAGGUGAUGGAACAAGUGCUGGCCAACCUGGAAAACAGAACAAAUGCUAACGAGGCUGAGGAGCAGUACCAAGAAGAGGAAUACGAUGUCUCGCAAGAGUAUGACAUCUCGCAAGAGGGUAACCUCGUGCUGGAAUAUGACUGCAGCCUUGAUGAGGAGUACAGUGAGGAAUAUGAUGACAAUCCGAUGACUGAAGACACAGCGGAGUAUGAGGUGAGUUUGGUGGAUUAUGUGGAAGAAACCGAGGAACCAGAAGCAGAGACCGAGGAACAGGAGGAGAGCAAAGAGGAGGUGCAGGAAGUUCAAGAGGCCUCAGAAAUUAAGGGAGCAGAUGAGGUAAAAGAGACUGUAGAACAAGAGGAUGAGAACAAAAAUGUUACAGAGGUUCCUGUGCAAGAAGCACCACCCAAAAAAAGGAUGCGUCCCACCUUCAAAGAGGCAGCACUGAGAGCUUACAGGAAGCAGAUGGCUGAGCUUGAACAGCAGAUCCUGGCAGGAGACAGCACUGCACUGGACACCGAGGGUUGUGCCAACAUCCUGGACCCAGCCAAACUGGGGCUGAGCGGCGGAGGGGUUGGCAGUAUACUUUACGGCAUUGACAGCAUGCCAGAUUUACGUCGCAAGAGGACCAUGCCUAUUGUUCGAGACCUGGCUUUGACAUUGGCUGCUCGAAAGGCAGGCAUUGCGUUUGGGCUCGUGAACAGAUCGACUCUGAACAACGAGGAGCUGAAACUGCAUGUGCUCAGAAAGACCCUGCAAGCGUUGAUCUAUCCCAUCUCCUCCACCACACCCCAUAAUUUCGAGGUGUGGACACGCCACGGCAUCCGCACCCACGCUACUGUCACGAGUGUGAGGGGUCUGCUGUGGGGCAUCGCCCGCAGGUGCAUGCGUUGCACCGAAUUCGGGGUCAAAUGCCAUGAGAAAUGCCAGGACCUCCUGAACGCAGACUGUCUCCAACGUGCUGUAGAGAAGAGCUCGAAACAUGGAGCCGAAGACAAAACUCAAAACAUCAUCAUGGCCAUGAAGGAACGGAUGAAAAUCAGGGAGAAACAACCGGCCCGAGGUGUUCGAGGUAAUCUCCAAGAGAUGUUUCAGCUCUCGAAGGAAGAUUUCAGCACUCACCUGAAGAGCCAACAGGCUGUGCUGGAGGGUACGUCCAAGUGGGUCUGCAAAAUUACCAUCACAUUCCUAUGUGCUCAAGGAGUUGCAAGGCACAAAGACAAGACGGGCUCGCAUUGACCCCUACGUCCACACGUACAAGUGGGAAAGACCAAACGCAGGACCAAAACCGGUUUUCACGGCAAUCUCAACCCGGUCUGGGAGAGAGUAGAAUCUCUUCCACUACCUGGCCUGGAGCUGAAGAACAACGGAGUCGCGGAAGAUCCCGGAGGUCAAAGGAUAAACUUCCCUGCUGGAAAUACCAGAGAGACUCCUAAGACUCUGAAAAUCAACCCGCUUAAAAUUUGUGCUGAAGCAAUCACCUUCUUUCAGGAUGAAGUGCAGGAGCUGCAGAAUCCUCCCAGAGCCAGUAUGGUGGUUAAGGACUGUGUGAAGGCCUGUCUGGACUCCACAUACAAAUACAUGUUUGACAACUGCCAUGAGCUCUACCAACCAAACCUGCUGGACCAGGCUAAAAAACAGGAUCUGCCGCGUGAGGAACAGGGUCCGUCCAUCAAGAACCUGGACUUCUGGCCCAAACUGAUCACGCUGAUGGUGUCUGUUAUUGAUGAGGACAGAAUGGCCUACACACCCAUCAUUAACCAGUUCCCUCAAGAGUUGAAUAUGGGUAGAAUUAGUGCUGAAAUCAUGUGGAACCUCUUCGCCAUGGAUAUGAAGUACGCAAUGGAGGAACACGACAAGCAUCGUCUAUGCAAGAGCACAGAGUACAUGAACUUGCACUUCAAAGUCAAAUGGUUCCACAACGAGUACGUGCGAGACCUGCCGGCCUUCAAGGGGAUUCCUCCAGAGUAUUCACUGUGGUUCGAGCCGUUUGUUAUCCAGUGGUUGGAUGAAAAUGAAGACGUAUCGAUGGAUUUCCUCAACGGAGCUCUGGAGAGAGAUAAAAAAGAUGGGUUCCAGCAGACGUCAGAACACGCUCUCUUCUCCUGCUCGGUGGUGGAUGUGUUCACACAGCUCAACCAAAGCUUUGAGAUCAUCAAGAAGCUGGAGUGUCCGAACCCUCAAGCUCUCGCUCACUUCAUGCGCAGGUUUGCAAAGACCAUAAAUAAAGUUCUUCUCCAGUAUGCUGUGAUCAUCUCUAAAGACUUCAGCAACCAUCUGAACAAGGAGAAAGUGUCCUGUAUCCUCUUGAACAACAUCCAGCAGCUCCGAGUUCAGCUGGAGAAGAUGUUCGAGUCCAUGGGAGGAAAGCAGCUGGACGCAGAGGCCAGUGAUCUGCUGAAAGAGCUGCAGAAUAAACUCAAUACUGUGCUGGACGAGCUGAGUGGCGUCUUUGGCUCCAGUUUCAAGUCGGUGAUUGAGGACUGUGUCAAACAAAUGAACCAGGAGCUGAUGCAGAUGAAAGGAAACGCAGGGAACAAGAGUAACGCAGCCAUGGACGCAGAGACCGUCCUGAGACCCCUCAUGGACCUGCUGGACAAGAACCUAAUUCUGUUUGCCAAGAUCUGUGAGAAGACGGUUCUCAAACGGGUCCUGAAGGAGCUGUGGAAGAUCGUGCUCAACACCAUCGAGCAACAGAUUGUUCUUCCGCCCCUCUCAGACCAGACACAAGGGGCUCAGAUGAUUUUCAGUGCUGCCAAGGACCUCGGUCAGCUCUCCAAACUCAAGGAGCAUGUGAUCCGGGAGGAAGCUCGCAGUCUGAGCCCUCGACAAUGUGCCGCCUUGGAUUUAGUGCUUCCCACCAUCAAGCAAUAUUUCCAUGCGGGUGGAAAUGGUCUGAAGAAAACCUUCCUGGAGAAGAGCCCCGAUCUCAAGUCCUUGAAAUACACACCAACCCACUACACACAACACACAGAUAAACAGAUAAACAAGUUUUCUCUAUGCAUGAAUGAUCAGCUACAUAGUGGCUCUGUUCCAAAACAUACUGCCUGUGAAAAUGUGUCCCCGCAGUCCACGUCUGGAUCCAUCGGGGAGGUCGCCAUCCAGGUGGACCUGAUCUCACACCCCCCGACUGGAGAGCACAAAGUCAGCGUCAAAGUGUGUGUUGUGAACAAUAUCAACUGGCAGACGAAUGCCAUGUUUCGCCCCUUCGUGGAGAUCAGCGCCAUCGGCCCGCACCUGGCUGACAAGAAACGCAAGUUUAGCACCAAAACCAAGAACAACAACUGGUCUCCAAAAUACAACGAAACAUUCCAGUAGUGAGUAUUCAUUUCAUAUAGGACCUGAACCUGUCC